AUGACGUCGCCAUACCCGCCUGGGCCUUCAUUUUCGCCCUCUGACAUCUCCUCGGGUCCAAACAGAUCCGUUUCGGAACUCCCGCAGUCUCAAGUGGACGCCAUCAUUCGCACGAAGCGCAAAGCGCGUGAGCCCAAGGCUUGCUACCCUUGCCAUGCGCGCAAGGUUAAGUGUGAUCGGAACCUACCGUGCGACGGGUGUGUCAAGCGCGACCAUGCAGAUCUUUGCUCCUACGAACGCCCCUCCAAGAAACGCUCACAAGGGUUCCACGAGAGCCCCGUGGGUGGCGCUUCAACUGGCUCCGCAAUGGAGCAUCCUGGUCUCUACAACUACGAAGAUCACCCACCGCGAAUAAAACUUGAGCCCGUCCCGGUCCGAGCAAAUGGCAAUAGUCCGGGCGGUCGGAUCUCAAUUGCGAGGGAGGAAUGGGACAAUGUGCGCAAUCGGCUACGAGAAAUGGAGUCUACCAUCUCGUCAUUACGCGUGGGUCUCGAGAGAGCUGAUGAAGGCCCCUCUACAAUGCUGGACUCCGGCAGUGUGCAGAGCGCUGACGCGAGUUCCCGGUCCAAGGGUGCCUCGCCUGAACGCGAGGGCAUCCACGCUGCAAAUACUCUCGGUAAAGGCACAGUUCACCUGGGAUCUCGAUCGGUCCUCGCCUAUAUUUUGAACAAUAAGUCUGGGUCCGAUCAGCUUCAGGCCCUCCUAGAGGAUGGGAUACUGCCUAAACUGGGACUUGACAACGAAUCUGCAACCUACCCAUUCGUCGAUUUGUGGUCGUCAGACAUGUCGACGUUUGACAUCAGUGCUGUUUGCAGUGCCUUGCCAACGGACCAACAGUGCAGAGAAUUUUUCUACUAUUACAAGAAUAUUGCGGGAGCAAUCUAUCCGGUGCUUGAAGACGUCCCAGGAUUCGAAAACACCCUAGAGCUUCUUUUGGAAAGCAGAGCUGCCUCUGGUGGUGCUUACCGUGAGGAUGUCGAUGAAGCGCAGAACCCUUUUGGAGUGAGCAUAGCUUAUCUAGGUCUACUAUUUGCUGUACUGGCAUCCGGCUGUCAGUCGUCAGAUCUCGGAAGCAAGGAAAGAGAAUUGACUUCCCAGGUCUAUGUCUGCUGUUCUUACCAGUGUCUCCGCAUGACGAAUUUCUUAUCACAGCCGACUAUCGAAGCAAUCCAAACGCUCUUGGUCAUCGGCAAUGUCUUAUCCUACAACAUGAACCCUGGAAUUUCAUAUGUCCUGCUCGGCAUGACACUCCGCAUGGGCCUAGCCCUUGGCCUUCAUGUUGAGUCAAGCAGGUUCUCGUCGCUUGAACGAUACCGCCGUCGUCAUGUUUGGUGGUCCAUGGCGUGGCAAGAUAGCCAUUUCUCUCUUUCUUAUGAUCGCCCAUCUACCACGGCAGUCAGUCAGCCUGACAUUGCAUACCGAGAAGGUUCACAGCCUGGCGACCUCUCCUACUUUGAAACUCUCUGUCGAGUUAUUUCAUUAGCACUGGAGGUCGUUCGCAUUCGGAUGCUCAGCCCUCAUUCUCAAAUAAGCGUGGAAAGCAUUCAGGGCUACAAGGAUAGAAUUCAGCAGAUCAUGGUUGAGGCGAAACCCUAUUUACGGGAUGCACAGUGGUGUUCCACCCCAACAGAACAUCUGGAGCGAGUCGUGCUCAAACUACACUCCUCAUACUUCUCGUCCGAGCUCUGCCGGCCAGCGCUCAAGCCGAACUCCGAGUCAAGUGACGCCGAUACUGCGAGCAUGCGAGGUCACUGUGUGGCCAAUCUCAUGACCACUGUGGAGGCUUAUAUCGAAAUGCACAACAUCAGCUCGCAUGCGGCACGGUCAUGGAUUGCACUUCAACGCGCGAUUAGCUCUGCAUUUCUUCUUGCGGUUAUCGAAGAAGCCAAAUCGGACCCUAAUGUAUGGAAUCUCUUGCGCCAGCUCGAGAGCAUCAUUGCCCAGCGAGCUAGCAGCGAGCGAGCUUACUAUACAGGCGACGUGAGUGGUGCUACUGGCGGCCUGACUUCUCCCCAGGGCAUGGCCACCUACGACCCGAUUACCGGGGCGUCAAAUCCACCAGCUGCUGUUCCACCCGUCAUGGAUCCUAAUUCCCCUGCUACCGGCAUGCCUGACACUCAGACCCAAUGGGCCAAAUCAUUGGCCAAGACCCAUCGUGCUCUGCAGAAAUUAUUGACUGCAUUCGGCAAUCAGCACGCGCGCCUUACGAAUGGACGCAGCCCUGCGCUCACUUCUCAGGCUAACGUCAAUACUGCUGGUGUGUCAGGAGGUGCGUUUGCUCCGCCUGUCUCAGCAGGCAUGACUCCUAGUGUUGGAUCGCUCCCACCCCCUACACCUGAGAGCUCCGGCAGUGGAGAAUGGACGAUACCCAACAUCCUUGACCGCGCAUCCGAGUACAUCCACCCUCCACUCUGGGGCUAG